GUGUUGCUUCCUUUUUCCCUCUCCUCCACCAUCUUCGGUUGCUGCUUUCGCCGUCGCCCGUCGGCUGCCUGCACCGCCCUUCUUCCAACCAACCGAACCACGCGCUUCCCCUCUUGGCUUCCCUCCCAUCGAUGCUGCCGCGCCACUGCUGUUCUUUUCCUCGCUCGCCCUACGGCUGAAGCAAUGGAGCGCCCGCCGCGUCGUAAUAAGCUACCGGUUCUUGUGUUCUUGGUUGCUGUUUCUUGGCCGCUCUGCAGCGCAGCUUCUUGGUUUGCUCCAGGAACCGACGGCUUCAGAGUUGGCGAGGAGGGGUUUGGUAGCAAUGAGGAUUCUUCUGGUACUAGGAACUUCAGAAAACUUCUGCAGAUUGGUGGUGGUGGAGUAAACCAAGCCGCACCAGCUCCUCUUCCACAUGGACAAGCUCCCUCAGCGUCAGGACCAGUGUCUGCUCCAUCACCGUCGCCAUGGGUAUCCGCACCGGAAAGCUCACCGUCACCGUCACCGUCACCAUCUUCAAAAAUCACAGCACACAGAUCUCCUCCGCGCCGUCAUCCACUUACAACCCCUCCACAAUUGGUUAGGCCUAAGCCUACAACUCGGCAAGCUGAGCAUGAUCACUCAGUUGAAACUAAAGGUCACUCUUGGUUUAAACGUUCCUGGACAACUUAUGGUUUAGUUGCAGCAGGGAUUGCUGCUUUCCUUAUCAUAUCAGUGGCUGGUGCAUUCUACUUCCGAGCUAAAAAGAUGGGGACUGUGAGGCCAUGGGCAACGGGACUUAGUGGGCAAUUGCAAAAGGCUUUUGUAACAGGUGUUCCUGCACUCAAGCGAUCAGAGCUGGAAACAGCGUGUGAGGAUUUCAGCAAUAUAAUUGGUUCUACAUCUAGCUGUACGCUGUACAAGGGGACUUUAUCUAGUGGAGUUGAAAUUGCAGUGGCAUCAAGUUUGGUAACGUCUGCAGACGAUUGGUCAAAAGAAUGUGAAUCACAAUACAGGAAAAAGAUCACAAGUUUGUCCAAAGUAAGCCACAAGAAUUUUAUGAACUUGCUUGGCUAUUGUGAGGAAGCGCAACCUUUUACCAGAGUGAUGGUGUUUGAAUAUGCUCCAAAUGGGACACUGUUUGAGUAUCUGCAUGUUAGAGAAGCUGAGAAACUGGAUUGGAUGACGCGGCUCAGGAUAUCCAUGGGAAUUGCUUACUGUCUUGAGCAUAUGCAUCAACUGAAACCACCUGUUGUGCCAAGGAAUUUUGACUCAACAACCAUAUACCUUACUGAUGAUUUUGCUGCAAAGGUGUCGGAUCUUGAAUUUUGGAAUGGUGCAAAGGAACCUAACCCAACCUACAGCAACUCCAACUCCUCGUCAGACCUUGAAAACACGGUACGCAAGUAUGGUAUAGUUUUGCUGGAAAUGUUGACCGGAAGAGUUCCUGAUUCUGAGGACGGCCCACUGGAACGGUGGGCGUCUCGCUACUUCAAUGGUGAGAUACGCCUUGCGGAGCUGAUUGAUCCAAGCAUCGGUUCCUUCUCUGAAGAAGCCGCGUGUUCUCUGUGUGAAGUCGUGCGGAGCUGCAUUGAUCCUGACCCUAAGAGGAGGCCACCUAUGUCGGAGGUUGCAGCUCGGAUGAGGGAGAUCACCGCACUGGGGCCUGACAGAGCAUCUCCAAAGGUGUCGCCACUGUGGUGGGCUGAACUGGAGAUCAUGUCCUCCGAGAGCUAACCUGACCACUAUCUCCAUCAAGAAUGCUAUGCAUGUCUGAUGGCUCACACACUUAUACUGAAAAUUCUUUCGUUUGUCGGUUGCCGAUAAUCUUGUUAGUGGAAUUGGUGGUCAGGUAGAAUCUUAGAAGAUGUCUGUCCGUUUGUUUCCUGUGCAUAGCUGCAAAUAGUUAAUGAUAAUUUACAUGUAAAAGGGUGGUUAAUUUUCAGCAGACUGAACCGUAAACAUUUUAGCUGACCGAGCAAUGGACAGAAGAGUUUUCGUCUU